GCUCCGAAAGCGGCUUUAGAUAGUGGUUUGAUCGGAUUUGGGUGCGAAGGCUGUUAAUCAACUGGAAUCUCUCCCUCCGACUCCGCGGUCCAAUCGAUCGAUAAGGAAAGGGAGGAUAUGUGAAGAUUUUUUAAAGGAAGUUUUAAAAUUGGAUCAAAUGACGAGGGCGGCUCGUUCCUUUGGAAGCGUGGUGCAGAAGGAGGCGGUUCGAUCAGUCUCAUCGGGCGUUAACUUUGCAUCAACUAGGUUUCCGAAGUAUACAAUUGGAGCUAAUAAUGUUCUUAUCGAGCCCAAGGAAGAUCCCAAAAUGCCGUCACUUAAGGAGAUUGUUGCCAAGGAAACAGCCCAGCUGCUAGAGCAGCAGCAGCGCCUCUCUGUUCGGGACCUUGCGACCAGAUUUGAGAAGGGUCUGGCAACAGCUGCCAAAUUAUCUAACCAGAAUCGGUUAAGAGAUGUUGCUUCACUUGACAAGCAUGUGCUUUUGAAGAAACUCAGGGAUAUGUUGGAAAUACUAAGGGAACGUGUAGUGGGUCGAAACAAGGAUGAUGUGGAUGAGGCUAUUUCUAUGGUAGAAGCUCUAGCACUUCAGCUAUCCCAGACAGAGGGAGAGUUAUUUCUUGAGAAGGAGGAGGUGAAAAAACUAGCAGCUGUUCUGAAGAGGGCUACUGAAGAUGCCAAGAAAGUGGUUGAGGAAGAAAGGGCUCAUGCUCAAGCAGAAAUUGGCAAUGCCAGAGCAGCAGUGCAAAGAAUUGAGCAAGCACUUAUUGAACGAGAAAAAUUAUCUGAAAUUGCAGAGAAACAAGAUUUGGAAGAGCUUAGGAAAGAAGUUCAAGAGGCUCGACGUAUCAAAAUGCUUCACCAACCUAGCAGGGUAAUGGAUAUGGAGCAUGAACUUCAAGCAUUGCGUGUUCAGCUGGCAGAGAAGUCAGUUUAUGCUAUUCAACUUCAUAAAGAGUUGGAAAUCACCAAAAAAAUUGAGCGAAGUAAAACUAAUUUAUACGAGUUGGAGGGUCUUGAAAGUUUGGGAUCCUCUUUGAGAAUCAUUUCUCCAAAGGAAAAUAAUGUCGAGAUCUCAAAUUGUUCCAUUCAAUGGUAUCGUAUACAGCCUGAAGAUGGAAAGAAACAGUUGAUUUCAGGUGCAACAAAAUCUAUGUAUGCUCCAGAACCAUUUGAUGUUGGGCGUUUCUUGCAAGCUGAGAUAGCCUCAAUCGGUGGAAAAGUAGUGUUAAGAACUACAAGCCCUAUAGAUCCUGCUGCUGGUCUAGGGAGCUAUGUGGAGGCUCUCGUGCGAAAGCCUGAAACUGAGUUCAAUGUUGUAAUUCUCCAAAUUAAUGGGAGUGAUCAUCCCUCUAACUCUCUCUAUGUUUUCCAUGUGGGUAAGCUAAGGCUAAAACUUGCAAAGGGAAGGACAGCAAAGGCUAAGGAGUUCUAUUCCUCUUCAAUGCAGCUUUGUGGUGUUAGAGGGGGUGGCAGUACUGCAGCUCAGUCACUCUUCUGGCAACCAAAAAAUGGCCUCUCCUUCAGUAUAGCUUUUGAAUCCUCAAGAGAAAGGAACGCAGCAAUAAUGCUUGCAAGAAGAUAUGCUUUUGACUGUAAUAUAGUGCUGGCUGGACCAAAUGACAGGUCUUCUGCUGCAGCGUGAGUGAAGUUGUAAGACUAAUUUUGAGUUGCAAGUAAGCCUGAAUUCUGUAAACUCUGUAUGUAUGAUUGAUUUGUUUGGUUUGAGGGGUGGGGUUUGAUUGGUAAUAGUGAUAGGUUAGUUUGUAAUUCUGAGGUUUUUGCUUGUUUUUAUGGUAGAAGAAUUGGGCAGGUGGGCAGGGUUUUUUUUUUUUCUUUUUU